AUGCCGAAACACAGCGCAGUCGGUGUCACGUUGGUAUUACAUGUCACAUUGUGCUUAUCGAUACGUGUGCCCGUAGACUGGAAUGAAAGUGAAGUGAAAAUAAACGAAGCCUUCGAAAAUAGCAGCCCGAGCGAAGCAAUACGACAGAAUACGCCCUACUUCGAGUACACGGCGAAGAAACCGCAGUUCGCAAUCGACAUAGCUGCGGCUCAUAAUGUCAAAUCACCGGAGGAACAUUACACUUCGUAUCCCAUCAGGCCAUAUACUGGUGUCGGUAACCCGGAGUUGGGCAAACACCAAAUGCUGAAUCCAGAAAAGGAAUCCUAUUAUCCGUACCAACGCUAUGUCACUUCGAGUGAUGGUUUAUCUCAUGUGACUCCGUCGUCGACGUCCUACGACGUUUACCAUCCUUAUAAAGCGGAGGAACCAGGAUUGCAAAAAUUAUACAAGGAUCCAAUAUUAAACAAAAUAAGGAAUGAUUUGCGGGACAGCAAAAAUAGAUUACAGCAGCAUGAAAACGAUGCCGGGAAAUUGGACGUUUCGAAAGAAGAAUACUUGGAGAGUCCAGAACAGACCGAUCAUAGAUACUUUCCCCAGAAAAAUAUUCCAGCGCGGUAUGAAAUACAUAGGCCGCUGCGUCGUCCCAUUUAUUAUAGGCCACCAUCGAGGUACAGUUACAGGGAAAACAUUUUAAAUAAAAAACUUCGUCACCCGUGGAAUCAAAAUUAUGCUAAAGUGACUCCGAUGCAUUAUAGACCAAUUAAGAAUCAUAUACAGCACCUAAGGCAACAUCAUGCCCUCAAGUUUGACGAUGAAAAUAAUGAGUAUCCUCAAUUACCAGUCAAAGAAUCCUAUGCUGAAAAACCAGACGGCUAUGAUAUAUACGAGAAGGGUAAAGACAAUUUUGUUAGACUUCGAAACAAUAUCGACGAAUCGAUCAAUAAGGCAGUUUUAAAAAAUAGACCUACUACUAAUGAGAAACUUGAACUUAAGGGAAAUGAUGAUGACGAUGAUAGUCACGAAAACGAUGACGAAUUUGUUCCUAUUAAAAACUACGCCCAAGUCAGAAAAACAGAAACAACAAAACAUCUUCCAAGAUCGGCAGCUUUUCGGGAUGCGGAGAGUCUAGAUGAAAUAAAAAAUGCUCCAAGACUAAGGGAAGCUGUAAAAAGCACUAAAGCACAAGUGGUAUAUUCCGAAGAAGGUUAUGAGGAUUCUGCAUAUGACCAUGCUGGCGAACAAAAACAUGCUUCGGAUAUUGAAGGCCACGGUGGAUAUCUUAAAGAACAUGAACUAAGUGGAGGUAAAUAUCAAACACCAUCUUUAAGUGCUAAAAUACAAGAUGCAGGAGGAUCUACUCACGGUGAUAAAUUAAUCCAUGCUGAAAAAUGGAAAAAUGAUAAUUUAGAUACCGCUGACGAUUCCGAGGUGGAAGAUUAUUCUGAAGACGAGCAAGAGACUUCUGAAGAGAGUGACUCACAUGCAGAUAACACAGAUAUUGAACCAAGUAAUAGUGCAAGUGAAACCUCAGAAGAAAUCGUAGAGGAUGAAACAGAAAAUGACGAAAUUCCCAGAAACAAACGAGAGGAUUCAGCUAAUGAUACAGAUGAUAAUAGCAAUAAUAGUUUAACCGAUACCGUGACUAGUGGCAAAGAACACGUUGUGAAUAAGCGUGAAUAUAAAAUGCCUAAGCUCCAAGAAUUGUCGCAAGCUUUCCGUCAGAAAACAGUAAAUAAAAAUGAAAAAAUUAAUCUGGCUAGUCAAAAGUAUCCAUAUUAUUUUGAGAAUAAAAGUAAAAUUUCCAAUAAUUCCCCUCUUCGCUAUGCUGAGAAUCUGAAAUUUAUCCCAAAGAAAACAUUAGGAGGGACGGAAUUUUAUGAUUCAAGGAAAGAAAUUGUUUGUCCAACUGUUGAAGAAGAUAUAGAUCCUAUUCCUGAAAAAUUAAAAAAAGGUGGAAAUCCCGAUGAAAAUGACGAUGGUGCAGGUUCUAAAGAGGAAUUUUCGCAACUUAAAAACAAGCAACGGUUACAUGGACUCGGAGAUAAAAUUGAUUGCUUGAAAUCAAAAUACUUUGGAGAUAAUCCUUUGGACAGUCCAUUUUUUAGCGAAGAUAUUAUUGAAAGUCCAGAACCUGUCACAAAACCAAACAUUAACUUAUUUGAUCCCAAAAUAAAGAAAAUAAAAAAUAUCAAUAAUUUUAUUCCUAAAAGUCUCAUUUUGCCAAGAACGAAAAGAGCUACUCCAUUUAUCUAUGAACCAUACAAAAUAAUAAAAGAAAGUCAAGUCGCAGCUGAGUCGAAAAAAACGACAACGACUAACAAUAUAAGCCCUCUUAUAAAACAGUUACAAUCAAGCAGAGUCGUAGAUAGAGUAACAGCAAACCAAAAUAAAGAUCAAAUUACAAAAAGAAACAUCGGAACUAGAAACUAUAAAGAUAUUGAUAAAAUCGAUAGAGAAAAACAACGUAAACAAAUAACUCAAGACUUACAAGAAGCUGAAUUUGUAGAUGUUAGCUUAGAUAAACGACGCGGUGAGCCUAGAUAUGAGAUUCAGUACAAAAAUCAUAAAAAACAUUACACUCCAGUAAAAAACAAGAAGUCCAUAUCCCUUGAUGAAUACAAAGGUCAUGCUGAUGCCACAACUAAAUCUGUACUAUCUAGCUCUAUUCCAGAGGAAACUAAAUAUGCUCACAUGAGUGAUAUACAGAAAAGUGCUGCUUCAAAUUCAGUAUCUAAUGUUAUUCGAAAAAGUACUAUAAAACCCGUUAGCCCUCCUGAUGAAGAGGACGAAAAUGAAAGUGAAGAAGAGUAUGAUGAAUAUGAAGAAGAACAUGAUAUUGAAUCUCAAAAACAUCCUAAGUCUACGAUAAUGCCAUCCACUACAACCACUGUCCUACCAAUCAGAAAAGAAAAAAGAACACGUACGAGAACCACUACAGAGCCCACACAUUAUGAAGAAGAUACAACUACUAUGCCUAUACUUAGACUUAAAACAAGAUUCCGAAGCUCCAAUAUUAAUUCGGAGUCUGAUACGAGUGAUAGAGAUGUAUUAAAUGACAAUAAUCAUAGUAAGAUAAAUAAAAUUUUGUCUACUACUAUUGCACCUAAGCUAAGUGAGAAGAAAAAGAAGCUUUCAAAGAGUACUUUGGUGACAGACACGAAAACUUAUGGCGAAGAAGAUGAUGAUAUGCGGAAAGAAGAUAUUGACGCAUUAAUUGGUGUGAAACAUAAUACUGAUGAUUAUUUGCCUGAAUAUGAAAAAGAACAAAAUAAAAAGGAUAGAGAUUCUCACGAAUCUGAUUCGAAUGAAGAGGACUAUGAUGAGGAUGACAGUAGCGAAGAAGACGACGAGGAAGAAGAAGAUGAUGAAGAGAACAAAGACGACAUAAAUGCUGAUGACAGUCAUGAACAAGAAACAAUAAGGCAUACUACCCCACAGCCAAUAAGAAGAACAUUGCCUAAAACGACAGAAACUACUCCAUCUACUACAGAACUAAACACAAAUGACCAAAUAAAACCAAUCAUAUCAACAAAGAAAAUUGAAGUUCACAGAGAAUCGCCCGUCAGUAGUAUGUCACCAAAUGCUACUCAUUUUAAACAAGACAUUAAAGAAGUUGAAAUAAUAAAAACAAUAACUCCAAGGAGACGACAAAAGCCUCAAAAGAAUUUAGAAGCAUUAGAUUUAUAUAAGGAUGAAAAUUUGGCGAAAGAUGUUAAUAAACUAGGUGGAGUAGAAAUAUUUCGAACUGAUUUAGAUAUUGAGUCAGGGCCCAAGCAUGGUGGAAAUUACAGAAGUAUUGAAUCAAAGCGCCGCACGAAGGCGCCUUUAAAAUCUGACGUUGCAACAUCUCAAAGUCAAACGGCAAAACUAACAGAAUUGAAUGAAUCAGAAAGUACUUCACGCCCCUUGAAUGCUAAAAGAGGCGGAAUGUUGAGAAAUAAUAAGAGAUUUAGUGAAGCUGAAAACUUGAAUAUUGAAAACAACACUCCAAAUACGCAAUUACAUGGAGGUAAUUUGAAGAUAUCCUCUCGGAGAAGUCGGAUACCUAACAAUAAGAGUGAAAAAAUCAUAGAAUUAAGUGAAAAUAAGACUCGCCUACAAUUACACGGUGGCAAUUUAAAAGCUCAAAGGCUUCCCACAACAGAAAGAUACCGUGAAGAGGAAAAUUAUAGAAAUUCAGAGAUUACAGAAGAUCCCGACGAGAUUAAUAAGAAUAAAAGUAAAAUAAAAACUAAAAAUGAUUCAAACAGUGCUGCUAUUUUGCUAAAUACAUAUGCACGGGCAGCACCUAUGCUCACCACAGAUCCUCCCUUCAUUUUGGACCCUAGUAAACGAAAAUAUUAUUAUGUCGAUGUAUGAAUUUUUACUACUUAAGUUAUGUAAGAGAAAGUGCCAGAAUAAAACAUAUUUAAG